GAAACUAUUGCCUUAGUUAACAGAUACAGUAGACCUCUCUAACAGCUUCAAGUUCUCUAGCCAUGGAGUCCACACCUCCCUCAACCAUGUCAGAAACUGGUAAACUACACAUAGUUAUGUUCCCAUGGUUAGCUUUCGGUCACAUGCUCCCCUUCCUCGAGGUCUCAAGGCUCAUCGCCCAGAAGGGUCACAAAAUCUCCUUCGUUUCCACUCCUCGAAACAUCGAUCGCCUCCCAAAACUUCCUCCAAACGUAGCUCCUCUCAUCAACUUUGUAAAACUUCCUCUACCCCAUGUCGAAAAUCUCCCCGAAAACGCCGAGUCCACCUCCGACCUACCUUACCACAUGGUCAAGUACCUCAAGAGAGCCUAUGAUCUCCUCCAACAGCCAUUGACAAGCUUUCUAGAAGCUGCUUCUCCUGAUUGGGUUAUCUAUGACAUGAUACCUUAUUGGGUAGGUGCAAUUGCAGCUAAGCUACACAUUUCAAGUGCUUUAUUCUGUAUCUUCAUUGCCUCUUCUAUGACUUAUUUCGGACCAGCUUCAUUCUUGCUGGAACCUCCAAACGAUUAUCCGAAGAAGCCGGAGGACUUCACCGUCCCGCCCAAGUGGGUUCCGUUCAAAUCAACGGUUGCUUUUCGACUCUUUGAGAUUAUGCGACUUUUCGACGAGGUGGAAGGAGACGGCGAAGGCGGCGUUCCGGGUGUGCAUCGGGUAGGAAAGGGCAUUGAAGACUGUGAUGUGAUGAUUCUCAGAAGUUCUUAUGAGUUUGAACCAGAGUGGUUGAGAAUUCUUGGAGAUAUUCACCGGCCAAAGCCUGUUAUACCGGUGGGUCAGUUACCGGCGAUAUCUUAUCAUGACGAUGACGAGGACCCUGCAUGGAGGGAAAUGAAAAAGUGGCUUGAUGAACAGAGUAAAGGGUCAGUGGUUUAUGUUGCAUAUGGGAGCGAGGCGAAACCGAGUCAAGCUGAACUCACUGAGAUAGCUCUAGGAUUGGAGCUAUCCGAGUUACCGUUCUUUUGGGUUCUAAGGAAGCGGCGAGGGAUGGCCGAUACGGAGGUGAUUGAGUUGCCGGAAGGGUUUGAGGAGAGAACCAGAGGACGUGGAUGGGUGUGCACAGGUUGGGCUCCUCAAUUUAAGAUACUGAGCCAUGACUCAGUGGGUGGGUUCUUGACUCACUCGGGUUGGAGUUCGGUGGUGGAGGGAAUACAGUUUGGGAGAGCUCUUAUACUAUUGACAUUUUUGGCGGAGCAAGGGUUGAAUGCUAGGGUUUUGGAAGAGAAGAGGAUGGGUUACUCGAUACCGAGAGACGAGCGAGACGGGUCGUUUAUGAGUGACUCGGUGGCUGAGUCACUGAGGUUGGUGAUGGUAGAAGAAGGAGGGAAGAUAUUCAGGGACAAGGCCAAGGAGAUGAGAGGACUGUUUGGUGACAGGAAUACACAAGACAAGUAUGUGGAUAAUUUGUUAGCUCAUUUUCAAAGUCACGAAAAAAGGGGGACUCAAGGAGGAAAUUUAAGUGAUCCCAAUGUAGAUGUGAGUGAAUAAGGUUGUUUUCUAGCUAUAAAUGCAUGUAAGAGGAGUCUUUUACUAAUUAAUUAAUGAAUAAAUGAGAAUCAACUUUCUGUUCUUAUUUGUUGUUUUGGGUUAUUUUAUUUUAUUUAUUUAUUUAUUUAUUUUUUUCUUUCUCAGAAUUUGGCCGGUGUUUUAUUUGCUGUACACUAUAGGGUAAAGUGCAAAAAAAUCCCCCUGAACUAUGUCCGAAUUUACAAAUAAUUUCCUUAAAUUAUAUUUUGCAUGUGAAUCAUACCUACCUAAAUUAUCUCAUUUAGU